CUUUCUGGUCUAUGUAACCCAUGACAAUUAGCCUAUUGCAUAUAUGGAUAGAGGGCAGGAUAGAAAGUUAGACUGCAUGUAAACCUGGGAAAAACUCCACUGACUAAAACCACCCGUGUCCAGGAAAGAAAAACACACAACCCGCCCAAAGCAAUAAAAUACGUUUGACAACGCUCCCCUAUUUAAAAAAAAAAAUAGUUUUCCUCCUUGAUCGACUGAUUUACUCUUUCUAAACGACAAGUAAUAGUCAGGCUACUUUAUAAUAUGGAAUACCCUGUUUUCUUCGAGUGCCAGACUCUGGACACAUCACAGAAGGAGCAAAGGAGAAAUGCUCACUAGCGGGGAUGUAAACAAAUUUGGGCACAAAAUUCCAGGAGAGGGUACUUCAGAAACCUAAUCAUGUGUUGGAGAUGCCUGGAGGACCUCUCUUCCUCACUCUGAGAGACAGCCUGGAGACUCCACCCACAACAACCUCCCUAGUCAGCAGUCAGAUUCGCCACUCGCUCCAGGUGAAAACAUUACCACCUUGUGGUCAAGAACAUGUACUUCAUUGUCUGAGCUUAGGGAAGCAGAAGAUCAACACCACCUGUCGUCUGGGAGAGGCCAAGCUCCGUCUUCUAGGGAAAGUGAUAGAAAAGGAUCUAGGUGAGGCUGCUCCAGGGGUGAGGGUGACGCACGGUGACUCAUUUCAGCUGGUGCUGGAGGGUUCAGCAAGGGAAGUCCGGACAGCCAGACAGUUGGUUACAGAUAAAAUCUCUCAGGUGCUGGAGCGGGUGGUGCCUGAGGUGUCCCUCCACCUCCUGUCCUUCCUGAGAGAGGAGUAUGGGAGGCCUGGAAACCUGAGCAGUCUGCUGGGGUUGGGACUCCAUGUGGAGGUAGAGCUGGGGGACACGGAGCUCCGUCUGUUCUCCCUCUCCUCUGGGAAACUGCACCAAGCUGAGAAGGAUCUACUGGGGGAGUUUGGGGAGGAGAAGAUUGACGUGCCCAAAGGUGCCCUCUCGGAUGAACUGAAGUCUAAGCUUGAGACGAAGGUGAAGGAGCUGAACCAGAGCAGACGCCAGGUGAUAGCCAGGUUUGGUCCUGGGUGUAGAGUGCAGCUGCUGGGCCACCUGAAGCAGGUUCAGGAGCUGAGGGAGGAGAUUGGGGCCUUCCUGAGAGACCAGUCCAGUGUGAGAGUUGUGAGACACCCUCAACGACAUCAGGAUGGCAUAGUCGGUGAAGCAGGCGAGGGACCAAGAUGUGAGGAGACGGUCGCAGCGACCAGCUAUCACCUCCAGGGGGGGCUGCAGGUAGUUGUUUGUCAGGGUGACAUUACCAAGGAACGGGCAGACGCACUGGUGAACUCAGCGAGUGAGAAUCUGGAUCACGCUGGAGGCGUGGCUGCAGCGCUGAGCCGGGCGGGGGGGCCUGAGGUACAGCAGGCCAGCAGGGAUCUGGUUAGGCAGAUAGGGAGAGUACCCACAGGUACAGUGGUAGAGACUACAGGAGGGAAGCUGCCUUGUAAGAUGCUGCUUCACGCAGUGGGACCAGUAGGUGGCAGCGUAGGUGGGAAUGAGCGCCCUCUGCUGGAGAAGACAGUAAAGGCAGCCCUGGAUCUGGCAGAGACCAUGGAGCUCCAGACCCUGGCCAUGCCCUGCAUCGGCUCAGGGAUAUUCGGCGUUCCUCUGAAGGUGUGCUCUGAGGCCAUAGUCUCUGCAGUGAGGGACUUUGGGAGGGAACAGCGCAUCCUUACCAAGGUCACUCUGAUUGAUGUGAGUGGAGAGGCAGUGAGAGCCAUGCAGGAGGCCUGUGAUAGGCUGUUACAGGGGAAGAGGGAGUUUCCUGGGUCGGAGGUAGAGUCCAGCACCACCACUACCACUACACAUGCUCCUCAGAGAGACACCACUGCUGCCUCCACCAGGGGACCAGUGGCUCCAGAGGUCUGUGUCCAGGUGGAGAUCAUCCAGGGAACCAUAGAGAAGCAGCAGGCUUUUCAGACUGCCCAGAAUGCUAUGCAUAUCAUAGGGUUCGAAUUGGGCGCUCGACCAGAGCAAGACAUCAGGAUUGUGCUGCUGGGGAAAACCGGAGGAGGUAAAAGCAGUGCUGGAAACACCAUCUUCGGACAAGAUGAUGUGUUCCUCUCAGACAGUUCCUCCAUCUCCGCAACACAGAUAUGUGAGGCUCAUACCAAGAACAUCAAAGGCAGAAACAUCACCCUGAUUGACACACCUGGAUUCUUUGACACUGACAUCCCUGAAGAGGAGCUGAAACCUAAAAUAGUUAAAUGCAUAACAGAGUGUGCUCCAGGACCACAUGCCUUUCUCAUCGUACUGAAAGUGGAACGGUACGAAGCCGUAGCAAAAAUCGAGACAUAUUUUUCACCAGAGGCCUUCAAAUAUGCCACAGUCCUCUUCACACAUGGUGACCAGCUCAAUGGUUUGACCAUUGAGAAGUUUGUCCAACAGAAUGAUGAACUGAACAAGCUUGUGGAGAAAUGUGGAGGCCGCUGUCACGUGAUCGACAACAAAUACUGGAACACCAAUCAGCAGGGUCAGUACAGCAACCAGUACCAAGUAGCAGAGUUACUCAACACCAUAGAGAAGAUGGUGAGAGAUAACGGAGGAGGAUGCUACACCAGUGAGAUGCUCCAAGAGGUAGAGAGAUUAAUACAAGCAGAGAUGGAGAGUCUUAGGAAGGAGUCAACGGGCCAGAUGUCAGAGGAAGAGAUGAGAAAACAGGCUAAAGAAAUAGUGUGGAAGAAAAGCCUGAUCAAACUCUCAGGGAUAUCAACAGGUGUUGUGGUAGGAGCUUUUCUUGGGGUGGCACUGGUGACAGGGAUCCCACUCACACUCGCUACAAAACCACUGAUUCAUUUAGUCAAACGUCAGAUGGCAGCUUCAAUGAAAACAGUGCCAACAGUCGUGGCGAAUGCUGAAGGACCAGUCAUUGCAGGAGAGACAGUGGCCCUCAUUGGAGUGGGUUCAGAUAUAGGCAUAGGUGCAGGGGUAGUAGGCAUAGCUGCAGGAGUUGUUGCUGGGACCGCUGCUACAGCAGGAGCAUUAAGAGGAGGGAUAGUAGGAGCUACUGCAGCAGAGGAGGCAGAGACAGUACAGGAGGCAGCAGAGAAAGCAGCUAGUGCUGUCUACCAUGAAGCUAAGGGUAUUUAUGACCAAGCAGGACACCUUUUGAAAGGCUACAGUAACAGAUCAGAUGCAACUGGAGUCAUGCAUAAGAAUCAUACGUGGAAUAAUUGAAAGAGUGAUGGCAAAGUAUGUUUCAACAUCUGACUAACUAUGUAGACAUCAGUCAGUUAUAUUCCACUUUUGAAUAGCUUUUUGUCCCAUUUAUUUUUCUUUCUGUUUUGUAAAAAGCAGAUUACUGGGUUAUACAUUCAGGGUUUUACAUAGGUGUGUUCAAACUUUUGUCUGGUAUUAAACUGCAUUGGGGUUCUGGACCAUGACCAUCCAUAGGCUUAUGGUUCACACAUGCGGUUGAGGGAGCAGGUUACCAUUUAUUGGGAUGACUCACGUACUGGAGGCAGAUUUGCAGGUUUGUCACUUGCUGGCACAGCCACAAAGUCAUCCAAUCGGAUUCUAAGAUUAACCAUACCCUUAACCACAUACACAUGGUGUGAUUUCAGUGUCAACAGAAAAUGUAUUUGAAUUUGAUCAUUUUUUAUUUGUAUAAGGCACAAAGUAAUAAAAUCUGAUUUUAAACCUAACCCUAAGUUUAACUUUAACCCUAACCUUAAAUGUAUUACAAUAUAGCCAGUUUUAAUUUUGCGGCUGGCCCACCUAGCGGAGACCCCUCAGCAAUGCUUCGAGGCCAAGAUUCAUACCAUAAAUGUCAACCUGCAUCGAGCAACAUGGGUUUUUUACUUGUAAAUUCAUUGUUGAUUAUUACAACAAAGCAAUAAUUGGACACAGAGAGUAAUGUUCUUAACAUUUAUUCUAAUUGGCAGCAUUAUCUUUUCUCCAGAACAUGCAUGCCAUUUUAAAUUAGAUGUGAUGGUUGUUUGACCUGAAACUAUGUAAUGCACUGAAUGUGCUCAAGCUUCUGCGAAUAAUUCCAAUGUAUGUAUCUUUAAACCUGCAAAAGGAAAAUGUACUCUAUAUCUUUCAUUUUUAGCUUUGAAAAUGAUAAAGGGGGAAAAUCUUGCUUAUGGCAAACUGGGUAACAGUGAGUGGUAUAUCUAAGCAACAUAGUAUCAUUACAAUACGUCAAAAUAGUGACAUUUAAUCAUUGUAGUUACAUUGUAGUAUCACCUAUGCUUAUAAUAUUACUGUACAUAUACACCGAGUAUAUCAAACAUUAGGCACACCUUCCUAAUAUUGAGUUGCAUCCCUCAAUUCGUCGGGGCAUGGACUCUACAAGGUGUCGAAAGCAUUCCACAGGGAUGCUGGCCCAUGUUGACUCCAUAGCUUCCCACAGUUGUGUCAAGUUGACUGGAUGUCCUUUGGGUGGUGGACCAUUCUGCUGAGCGUGAAAAACCGAGCAGCGUUGCAGUUCUUGACACAAACCAGUGUGUCUGGCACAUACUACAAUACCCAGUUCAAAGGCACUUCAAUAUUUUGUCUUGCCCAUUCACUUGCAAAAUGGCACGCAUACACAAUCCAUGUCUCAAUUGCCCUAACGCUUAAAAAUACUUCUUUAACCUGUCUCCUCCCCUUCAUCUACACUGAUGGAAAAGGAUUUAACAAGUGACAUCAAUAAGGGAUCAUAGCUUUCACCUGGAUUCACCCAGUCAGUCUAUGUCACAGAAAGAGCAGGUGUUCUUAAUGUUUUGUACACUCAGUGUAUGUCAUCUAAGAGAACAGAGGGAAAGAACUUAGGGUUGUUUAGUCCUUGGUGUUGUAAUUUUUUUUAAAUAUUACAAGUAAGCAUUUGAAAAAGAAAAAACUAUGUUUUCUUAACAUUCCUAUAUAUAAAAAUGGAAAACAUGUGUAAUAUGUCAAAUGUGUCAUUAGGAUGUUGAUCUAUUUAAUAAAAUGAAGAAAGUAAGGUUAAGUGAGAUUUUAUUUAUAUAACAUACACAAUAAUUAUGUAAUGCAUGUGUUAGUUAUUUGAUUUACAAAAUCAACAAAAAACAACCAACAUAACGAUCAAUACACAUUAAUUAUUACUUACAGAAAAAAACAUUCUUAAAAAAGACAGAAUUUUAAUACAUACAAAGAUCAACACUAACAUCAUAAUUGUAGUUAUCGAAUUACCAGACUUAAAGACUGACCCAAUUAAUACAUAUAAUUACUGUAAUUUACCACAUGAUAAACCAUAUUUAUCAAAUAUAUACUGUAAUUUACUUACGGGGGAAAAAAACAAUACGGGAAAUCAUCCAUUUAAAACAGAGUUAAGUGUUUGGAUUUUUAAAGUAGAGUGAGACUUGAUGUGUUAUACAUAUAUUACUAUAUAAUGUGUAUACUCAAAGACUGUUGCACCGUAUGAUGACAAGAUGGUACGGUCCAGGGUUAGAAGGUGUUCAGGAUGGUACGGUCCAGGGUUAGAAGGUGUUCAGGAUGGUACGGUCCAGGGUUAGAAGGUGUUCAGGAUGGUACGGUCCAGGGUUAGAAGGUGUUCAGGAUGGUACGGUCUAGGUUUAGAAGGUGUUCAGGAUGGUACGGUCCAGGGUUAGAAGGUGUUAGAAGGUGUUCUGGAUGUCAUAAGGUGAAUGCACCAAUUUGUAAGUCGCUCUGGAUAAGAGCGUCUGCUAAAUGACUUAAAUGUAAAUGUAAAUGUAAAUGUGUUCAGGAUGGUACGGUCCAGGGUUAGAAAGUGUUCAGGAUGGUACGGUCCAGGGUUAGAAGGUGUUCAGGAUGGUACGGUCCAGGGUUAGAAGGUGUUCAGGAUGGUACGGUCCAGGGUUAGAAGGUGUUCAGGAUGGUACGGUCCAGGGUUAGAAGGUGUUCAGGAUGGUACGGUCCAGGGUUAGAAGGUGUUCAGGAUGGUACGGUCCAGGGUUAGAAGGUGUUCAGGAUGGUACGGUCCAGGGUUAGAAGGUGUUCAGGAUGGUACGGUCCAGGGUUAGAAGGUGUUCAGGAUGGUACGGUCCAGGGUUAGAAGGUGUUCAGGAUGGUACGGUCCAGGGUUAGAAGGUGUUCAGGAUGGUACGGUCCAGGGUUAGAAGGUGUUCAGGAUGGUACGGUCCAGGGUUAGAAGGUGUUCAGGAUGGUACGGUCCAGGGUUAGAAGGUGUUCAGGAUGGUACGGUCCAGGGUUAGAAGGUGUUCAGGAUGGUACGGUCCAGGGUUAGAAGGUGUUCAGGAUGGUACGGUCCAGGGUUAGAAGGUGUUCAGGAUGGUACGGUCCAGGGUUAGAAGGUGUUCAGGAUGGUACGGUCCAGGGUUAGAAGGUGUUCAGGAUGGUACGGUCCAGGGUUAGAAGGUGUUCAGGAUGGUACGGUCCAGGGUUAGAAGGUGUUCAGGAUGGUACGGUCCAGGGUUAGAAGGUGUUCAGGAUGGUACGGUCCAGGGUUAGAAGGUGUUCAGGAUGGUACGGUCCAGGGUUAGAAGGUGGUCAGAAUGGUACAGUCCAGUGUUAGAAGGAUAUCAGGAUGGUUUGGUCCAGGGUUAGAAAGUCAUCUUUGGGAUAGUGCAGUCCAGGUUUAGAAGAUGCUCAGGAUGGUAUGGUCCAGGGUUAGAAGGUCGUCUUUGGGAUGGGCGUACUCUAGUAGAUUUGUGUAUGUGAGAUCAUCUGUGGAUCUGUUGGGGUGGUAUGUGAAUAGGAGUGGUUCAGGGUUUCUGGGAUGAUGUUGUUGAUGUGAUCCAUGACCAUCCUUUCAAAGCAUUUCAUGGCUACAGAUGUGAGUGCUAUUGGAUGGUAGGCAUUUAGGCAGGUUACCUUGGCGUUCUUGAACACAGGGACUAUGGUGGUCUGUUUGAAACAUGUAGGGAGACGUUGAAAAUGUCAGUGAAGACACUUGUCAGUUGGUUAGCGCAUGCUUUGAGUACACAUCCUGGUAAUCCGUCUGGCCCUGCAGUCUUGUGAAUGUUAACCUGUCUUACUCACAUCGGCUACGGUGUAACGGUUGUCGUCGGGAAAAAGCGAGGACCAAGGUGCAGCGUGGUACGUGUCCAUAACGUAUAUUUUAAAACCUAAACUGAACAUUAUGAAAUACAAAACAAUAAAUGUGAACAUGAACGAAACCGAAACAGUACCGUGUGGCAACAAACACUCACACGGAAACAAACACCCACGAAACACAGGUGGAAAAAUGCUACCUAAAUAUGGUUCUCAAUCAGGGACAACAAUAACAGCUGCCUCUGAUUGAGAACCAUAUCAGGCCAAACAAAGAAAUAGAAAAUCAUAGAAACACAAACAUAGACUGCCCACCCCAACUCACGCCCUGACCAUACUAAAUAAAGACAAAACAAAGGAAAUAAAGGUCAGAACGUGACAUACGGAGCGCGUGAUUACACAGUCGUACGGAACAGCUGGUGCUGUGUUACUUGCCUUGAAGUGAGCAUAGAAGGCAUUUAGCUCGUUUGGUAGGCUCGCGUCACUGGGCAGCUCACGACUGGGUUUCCCUUUGUAAUCCAUGAUAGUUUGCAAGCCCUGCCACAUCUGACGAGCGUCAGAGCCUGAGUAGUAGGAUUCGAUCUUAGUCCUGUAUUGACGCUAUGCUGUUUGAUGGUUCAUUGGAGGGUGUAGUAGGAUUUCUUAUUAGCUUCCGGGUUAGAGUCAUGCUCCUUAACAGCGGCAGCUCUAGCCUUUUAGCUCAGUACAUAUGUUGCCUUGCGGCUGGACUUCUGGUUGGGAUAUGCACGUACGGUCACUGUGGGGACAAUGUCGUCAAUGCACUUGUUAAGGAAGCCAGUGACUGAUGUGUUAAACUACUCAAUGACAUCGGAUGAAUCCCAAAACAUAUGCAAUUGUGUGUGUUCCAGUCUGUGCUCGCGAAAUAGUCCAGUAGCUUAGCAUUGGCUUCAUCUGACCACUUCUGUAUUGAGCGCGUCACUGGUACUUCCUGUUUAAUUUUUUUCUGAUAAGCAGGAAUCAGGAGGAUAUAGUUAUGGUCAGAUUUGCCAAAUGGAGCUUUGUAUGAGUCUCUGUGUAAAGGUGAUCUGGAGUUGUCUUCAAGUUGCACACAGGUAGAAAUGAGGUGAAACAGAUAUCAUUUUUCUUGAUUUAAAAUCCCAAGCCACUAGGAGCAUGUUCUUGUUUGCUUAGGGCCCUAUACAGCUCGUUGAGUGCAGUCUUAGUGACAGCAUUGGUUUGUGGUGGUAAAUAGACAGCUAAUAUAGAUGAAAACUCUCUUUCGGUAAAUAGUGUGGUCAACAGCGUACAAUGAGGUACUCUAUGUCAAGCGAGCAAAACCUUGAGACUUCCUUAAUAUCAGGCACCAGCUGCUGUAUACAGAGACACACCCCACCCACCCGAUCUUACCGGAGGUAGCUGCUCUGUCUUGCCGAUGCACGGAAACCCAGCUAACUGUAUAUUAUCCAUGUUCUUGUUCAGCCAUGACUCAGUGAAACAUAAGAUAUUACCAUUUUUUAUGUCCCGUUGAUUGGAUAGUCUCGAAUGGAGUUCAUCCAGUUUAUUCUCCAGUGAUUGCACGUUUUCCAGUAGAACAGCGGGUAAAGGCGGAUUAUCCACUUGUCAGGUAUCCCGCUCGCUGACCUCUUCUUACGAAUGAUGGGGAUUUGGGCCUGGUCCCAGAAGAGUAGUAUAUCCUUUGCAUCAGACUCAUUGAAGAAAAAUUCCUCUUCCAGAUUGAGUCGAUUACUCGCUGUUCUGAUGUCCAGAAGUUAUUUUCAGUGAAAGGAAACGAUAGCGGAAACAUUACAUGUACAAAAAUUGUUAAAAUCAAUGCAAAAAAACCCACACAAAAUAGCACAAUUAGUCAGGAUCACGUAAAACGGCAGACAUCCCAUCCAGCUCUAUCGUUUAAUGUCAAUGUUCUAAAUGGAGUGCCCCUAAGGACACUGUUAAGGUACUAACUUAUUUGCAAGACAACUACCGGUAUUCUUUAGUUACGUGUUUCACUCCAAACCCUUUAAUUCCUCUUCUCCCCUGUCUGUCUGUCUGUCUGUCUGUCUGUCUGUCUGUCUGUCUGUCUGUCGCUCUCUCUCUUCCUCUCUCAGAGUUCACAGGACACAGCGCUUAGUGACCUGGCCAACAGCCUGCUGAGAACCAGCUGAGCUUCAGUCUCAAGCCUGCAAAGUACACUGGCUAUAAUCUUUACACUGUGCAGGCCUUGGUCAGAUGCAUUAAGGGAAUGUGCCACCACGUACAGGCAAGACUGCCAUGACGCUCCAACAGAACAGAAACUGUGCCAACACUUUUAAUGCAUUUCAGCUAUGUAGUGUGAUUUGAUUCAUUUAGUAGGUACCCCCAUCCCAUCAUCGACCCUCCUCUCCACCACUCCACCACCUAAACCUCUCUCUCUCCCCCAUAAAUGUGUUCUGUGCCUUUAUGUUUGUAACCAAUGCUUUCCCCCCUUCAUUCUAACAGUAUUGUAUGGCAUCCCCAUGCCCAGGAUGAUGGUGUGUCAUAUGGCUAUUGUUGGGAUUUAUGUUUAUGCAUUAUGGCCCGCUAUCAAAUUGUUUGAAGAUGAAUAUUGUUUUGUUACAUCUGCAUUGUUUGUGUGUGUGUGUAUGUGUGUAAAGAUUGAGCAACAUAGAGUGCCUUGAUGCAAAAGCUGUGGUCAAUCUGGAGAGGGGAGGGGUGCAUAUCUCCAGGCAAACCAGGGUGGGUAGGACACUGGACAAUACCAUAUAAGGAACUGUUUGAGUGUAGAAUCUGGGGUGAGACACAAGACGGAUCUAAUCUACCCAACGACCAGAUGCGGACAGCUGGGAGCACCAAGAGACUGGGACCAGUCUGAGUGCCGGCGAUAGGCUGAGCAAAGUUUAAACCACGCUCAGCCUCUACUGUGAUAGGCCAACGGACGGGUUGGAAAUAUGGCUGUCAUAGUAUAAUAACUGUUGUUUGCGCACAUUCCAGAGUUCCCUGUUCUACCCUGUGCGGUGAUACAGUGAACCCGUAUAUACGAAAAUUUGCAUUUACCAUUUAUCGCUUGAGUUUAAUUAAAAUACUUAAAGUAUA